AUGCCCCUCUCUCGAGAGGUUCAAAUCAAACAACAGCAGCAAAAACAACUCCUCCGCCUGCGCCAUCCUCCUCCUUUCCUUUUCCCUUUUAACCACUCCGAGUUCCCUCCCAAGCCUAGCAACAGGCGGACGCAAUUCCUAUUGGCUAUCUGUUCUCAGACUUCGUUCUCUCAUUGGCUAGCCCGAGCGAGAGAGGACGAGGCCCUGUUGUGCGUGGCUCCCCCCCUCCUCCUCGCUCGUACGUAAACGGGGAGAAUGUGGCCGCCAUUUUGUGUGCGAGUUUGCUUCAGCGGAAGCCGAGAGCGGCAGCGGCGGGAGGCGAAGAGAGGAGCGGAGCGGGCUGCGCUUUAGCGGUGAGACGAAAAGGGCUGCGGCUCCCGCGGCAGUCGGGAAUGUGUUGGGCGGCCGAGGGGAGGCUCUGGGUGCGGCGGGUGGAGGGAACCUCUGUGUGGGUUCGCCGCCAUGUUGUGUCUCCCCCAUUUAGGAUGGGUCUUUCUUCCCUAAUUGGUGGUGGAAGUGAUAAGAAAUGGUAAGAUUUUUAAGGUGGGGGGAGAGGAAUCCGGGGUAGCUGGCGCCUAACUCUCUGUCCGUGUUUAUGCGGAACUGAACCUCAGAGGGUUGUCUCCUCCUAAGCUCUACUCUUGAGUAGGCUUAUUGAAAUGGACCUACGUUAGCCGCAUCCAUUGAUUUCAAUGGGUCUUGUGAGUAAGAGCUCAAGCUCGUUUCUUCCUUCCCUUUUCUCUGGGCGGGGGAGAGACUCCGGUUUCCUUCACUCGCGUGAGAUAAACAAGGCAGCAACAACAGGGCCCUUUAAUACCAACUACUACAAAAACCCGCAUCGGGUUGUUCCUGACCAGAUCAUACGCUGAGAGUAAGACUCGCUGAAAUUGGUGGACUUGGGUUAUAGACCGUGUCCCAUUUAUUUCUCGGCGGAUCUGCUCCCGAGUGUGUACGUUGACCAGUACAGGCUCCCCCCACUCCUAAUAACGUUGGGGGGCAUUGUUUUCUUGUGGGAAAGGAGGAAAUCGAAGCUCCCCCCCCCCCCCUUGGUGUUGGCGGCGGGAAGGGAAAGACUUUAGGCUUCGGUUUCCCCGGAGGAUUGGUGGUUUCUUUUUCAGCAGUGAGGCUUUACGAAUUCCCCUUUGUGUUUGUGUGUCGCGGUGGUAAGGCUUUACUUGGGAAACGAAUUCCAGAAGUGAUAAGUAUAUAGGAGGUGGGUAAAGUAUCCUGCCUUGUUUUGAACCCAGGACCGAUUUUUUCCCUGUAGUGGUAAAGGAGGUUAGAUAAAGAAGCAGGGUUGGGGGGGAGGUCGCUAUCAAAAACAAUAUGAAAUAAAAUUUGGUGAAGUUUGCAGUGUGCGCAGUUAGGAAAAUAUGUGAUCCUGCUGAGGAUUUUGUUUUUCUUCCUUUGGUCAUGUGAGUGGGCAAAGAAAGUGGAACAAGUAUGUAUCCUUGAUUUAAAGAUCUCUCCAAGUAACACACGAAAGAAACUAGAUAAAAUGCAGCUUAAAUCUGAAAACCAAUCAGAAAACAAAUAUAUAUGAAACAUUGUGAUGGUGUUGUAGUGCUCCCUAAAUAAUUGAAAUAAAGGGGUUUAAGAUGCCACCAACUGCAUACUGCAUAUCUGUGUGAGAGUAUACUUGGCAACAGUGGAUAGAGGAUUUGCUUGAAGGAAGAGAAGUGCUGCCAUGUAGUUUCUAUUGGAAGGAGGGAAGAAACGUUUUGCAUGCAAAGGAUACCAGGUUUUAUCCCUGGCAUCUUAGAAAAAUAAUAAUUAGGGAGCAGAGCAGUAGUUGGUGAGACGCCUCUUCUGGAGAGCCACUGCCAGUCAGAGUAGACAGCAUAGGAGCCAACUCCAGGGGGCUCUGGCCUCCACAAUAAAAUAUUUGGGGGGGCCUGGGCCCCCACAAAGUUCAUGGGCAUUCCCAUUCAAAUUGUGUGUGUGCACUGCAUCAUGUGAUCGAUUAUGCAGGGGGUGGGGCUUAUUUGGGCCCCCCACAAUAUUUUAUUCAAGUUGGCGCCCCUGGUAGACAGUCCUGGACUAAAUGGACUGGGUAUAAGACAGUUUAUGAAUCUAACCCCCUUUCAUAUUGUCUUGAAUGGGAGUACUGGCUUCUUGAAUAAACUUUUCUGUUCAAAGAUCUAGCUGUGCUUGCUUUUUAAAGAAAUAAAUAAAUUCCGGAAUCUUACUUUUCCUGAAAAAGGAGGAUUCUGGUAGUCAUAAUCUCAGGAAAAGGAUUAUCUGUUUUAAAUUUGACUGACUCCAGUUAACGACCGUAAUGAUUAAAUUGUCGGAUACUGAGCUUGUUUAAAUAGAAACUGUUUAAAUGAAUUAGUUUCAGCACUUGUUGCUGAAUAUCUUAACUAUAAACCAUUGAACAUUUGCACAUAAGGGUUUGCUGCUAAAGUUUUUUUUCAUUGACAUGUUUCUGGUUAAUGCAGCCUUCCUUAGCCUCGUGUCCUCUAGAUGUUUUGAUGGGAAUUGUAUUCAAAAACAUUGGGAUACAGCACAUUUGAGAAGUCUGGGUUAAUUUACUGUUGUAAUGAGUGGGGAGUUAAAAGAGUACCUUUUGGAGUUAAAAAUAAACACAGUGGACGCUCGGGUUGCAAAUGUGAUCCAUGUGGGAGGCACGUUCACAACCCGCAGCACCAUGUCUGUGCAUGUGCGACUUAGCGCUUAUGCACAAAGCGCGUUUUAGUGCUUCUGUGCAUGCGGCGAAACCUGGAAGUAACCCGUUCUGGUACCUCCGGGCUCGGUGUGGUGCGCAGCCCGCAAAUGCGCAACCUGAAGCGUCUGUAACCCGAGAUAUGACUGUAGAUGGACAAAGGCUGUAGUCCUGUGCAUACUUAUUAGUAAGCUUCCUUGAGUACACUGGAACGUCUGAGUAAGCAUGCAUAGAACUGGGCUCUUCCAGAUCCAGGCUGAAAAUCUACAGAAAUAAAGUGAGAUCUAGCCCACAAAUUCUUAUGCCACAGUCUAUUUUAGUCUGUGCUUUUGCUAAUAUGGCUGCUCCUCUGAAAUUUGAUACCCACACUGAAAGAAAAAUAAUUACUAACUAGAUAUUUUUUAAAAUCAGAUGCAACUGAUGGUUUAGAACAGAGACAAUGUUGAUAUUAUUUUUAAGAGAAUCAAAAUUCUAUUUGUUCUCCAAACUGUAUUUCUGACUAGGAGCUACGGUAUAUCUUAUUUGUUUUUUUUAAAAAAACCUUUAUCUUUUCAGAGCUGGGACUUCUACCCUAGAAGCCCGUGUGCCGAGAAUCCGAUGUUGGGCUCGGCUUCGUGGCUGAAAACAGCAAAUCGGCCCAUGAGAACUACCAUUCCUAGCCAAAGGAAGGGGUCCAGCAGGAGUCAGUAUCUAUUCCUUCAGGUCUGGCAGCAGGAAAUAGAACAGGAGGUGGAGACUGUGGAAUCUGAAGAGAGAACUGAAAGGUAGAGGACAAAACAGCAUUGGAAUAUCACAAGUACUCCUAACCCUCUAUAGUUAACAUCUGGUCUUUGAACCACUUGAAACCUACUUAUCAAGCUUCUUGAAGCCUUCAAAUUAUGUCUUUGUGAGGGACUAGGGGUUCCUCGGCGUAUAAUACAACCUUUAAAAAAGUUUGCAAAUUAAACUUUUAAGUCAUUAUGACUUGUUACAUGGUGUACCUUGAGGCUCUUAAACCUAUGGUUAAUGCUGUAGUUUUUUGUUUUUUUUAAAUAGUAGUGGUAUGAAAGGCCAGUAAAGUCAUUUAGAUUUUUGUCUUUUCAGUUUGAAAACACAAAUCUAAUAAAUAAUUUAAUCUCUUUAAGACUAUAUCAUUUAGAGUGUGCUUUGUAUCUUCAAUAAACAUUAUCUGGCUUUCUAUUGACAAUUGCAUUUGCUUUCUUCUCUGCCUUGCCCUAGGUGA